AUGCCCCUGAUUGAGGGGUGGCUCCCGCCGACGCGGGAGAACUGGCAGACUAUCACUACUGUGUGGCAGCUUUCCUGGCCUGUGUUCGGCUCUCUGCAGUAUGUCAUCAAUUGGUACGGCAUGGGCAAGACCUCGGUCACGAGCCGCCUCAACAUCCCCGGCCGCCUGGCGUGGUUCCUGAUGGAGAUUCCGGGCGUCACGACGUUGUUGUACAUCAUGAACACCCUGCCGCGACAGGUCGGGAUUGACGAUCUGCCGUGGCAGAAUAAGGUGCUCGCUGGGUUAUUUACCAUCCACUACGCCUACCGUGCCGUCCUAUUUCCGAUCCUCCAACCCUCAAUGUCCCCGAUCCAUGUCGUCGUCGCCUCUUCGGCCGUCCUCUUCCAGCUCAUGAAUGCGACAUGCCUGGGAAGCUAUCUCGCCGCCUACGGCCCCACCACAGCCUCAGCAUGGGACUCGGCCCUCGGCCGCGGCGGCAUCGCGCAGUUUGUCAUGGGCAUUGCCGUCUUCUACGUCGGCUUGACGCUCAACUACUUCCACGACGAGGAGCUGCGCGAGAUCCGCAGGACGGAGCAACGGCGCCAGGCCAAGAUUGCGAAGCAACAGAAGCUGGAUGGUAAUACAGAUAUGGCAAAGGGCGUGGAUAAGCAUUAUCGGCUGCCUGACACAAUGCUGUUUCGGUAUAUGCUGUACCCGCAUUACUUUUGCGAGUGGGUGGAGUGGUUUGGGUUCUGGAUGGCGAGCGGGUGGAGCGUACCCGGAAGGGCGUUCUUUUUGAAUGAGAUCUUUGUCAUGUUUCCGAGGGCGAGGAGCGGGAGGCGGUGGCAGCUUCGUACACAAAAGGACUUCUUUCUAUGCUUCCCGGCGCUGCGUACCCUUACCAUCGGAGCGAGAUGGAAAACGGGGCUCCCGAACGACGCUCACGCCUUUGCGCCGUUUGCAGACACGUUGGAGACGUUUACUUGGUACGAUAUGGGAGCCUCGUCGCCCUGGCCGACGAGGGAUCUCUCAAUAUUGGUGUACCCUCUACAGGCGCGGGGGCUCAGGGCGGUAAAGCACCUCAAGGUGACGAGUCUGCUCGAGCUCAUGGGCGGCGAAACGGACGGCUGCGCGGCUGGAAAGACUGUUGAGACGAUUGAGCUUCUCGAUGGCAUCUUUGACUUUAGACAUGUGCCUCAGCUGCUGACGAAAGAUGGGAGAUAG